GCGGCGCUGCAGCCUCGACAGACCGAUAAAAAGCCGCUCGUUGUCUUUUUUCUUCUAAUCCGCAGCACUAAAAGCGGAAGCACUUUGUCGGUCCGCGAGGUCAAGAUCAACUCUGGCGAAAACGGCAAGAUGGCUCACAGGCUGCUCGUACGUAGAGUUUGGACCCUGUCUGUGAAAGAUCUCCGCUGCCUCCCGGCGUCUUCUGCCACCACCGCGUCCUCGUCUUUUUCCACCUCUCCGCAGUCGCCCACAGCCCGGGUCGUCUUCGUCUCGCGUUCGCGCUCCCUGCCUCGCUCCCUUACCCACACCUUCAGCCGGGCCGCCUCCUUCAACGUUCAGGACCACGAUGACUUCACAGAGAGGGUCAUCAACAGCGAACUGCCCGUGCUAAUUGACUUCCACGCACAGUGGUGUGGUCCCUGUAAGAUCCUUGGGCCAAGGUUGGAGAAGGCUGUUGCAAAACAGAAAGGACGCGUUGCCAUGGCAAAAGUUGACAUUGACGAUCACACAGACCUGGCUAUUGAAUAUGGGGUGUCUGCUGUCCCGACCGUGAUCGCCAUGCGGGGAGGCGACGUCGUCGACCAUUUUGUGGGAUCAAAGACGAUGAUGAGCUGGACUCAUUUGUCAGCAAAAUCAUUGGACAGUAAACCUGGCUGUUCCCGCCCUGCCACUCACCACCAUACUGAUGGGUUAUUUUUUGUAUGACUCUAUAAUGGUUGGCACCCUUUAGCCGCCAUCUUGAGCCGGUUUGGCCACCACCAACAAUAAAUAAAAACCUUGCCGCAACCCCAGCUGGCAAACUCUCAAUGCCCACACCCAUCCCUAGACACCCGCCUUCAGCUGUGCACCGCUGCUUCCUUCUCUCUGUCUCUCUGUCUCCCUCCUCGUUUCUUUUGUCUAGUGCUGGGUGUGUGCCUCCAUUAGCCUUUUAGUUCAUGCUGUGCUCCUUUUCGCAGCAGGUCCAUUUCUCUUAAAUAAUGUGACGGCUCCGCGGCUCUUUUCAUGCCACUGGAGCUGCUGAGCUGGUGUGUAACAGUUUGCCGUAGAAGUCUGUAGAAUGGAAAAAAAACGCGCCUCUGUGACGCACUUAUACUGAACGACAUGAGGGAUGAACAUUUUUAGUUUUAGCUGUGAAGAGGAUUUAACUUUAAAACCUGACGAUACUGAAAUGAGGUUUAUGACAGUGUUGCACGUAGUUCCUGCCUUCGUCCACAAGAGGUCGGCAUUUCUCUAUCAUUGCUGAGCCACACAUUGUCGUUUUACACCAUUAUGCCUAAUACAAGGGGGAGGAAGGUGUGUGCGCGUGUGUCUGGGUCCUGACUGUGAAGCUUACGUCGAGCAGGAAAUGCAAAUCUAGGAUUUGAUUUAGUUUAUUACUGAAAUAAACUGCUGUAAACUGUGUACCAGAAACCUGAUCAAGUCAUGUAAUAAAGGAGAUGUUCUGUA